AUGACUGAAGAUGACACGUCAAGUAACUCCAAUGCGAUAGCUGUCCACAACCCGAGCACUGAGCUAGUAGUGAAUGGUCUUAUAUUGUCUGACUCUGUUCUCGAUAAACUCAUUCCCACAGGCUACGUCGUAGCCCCGGUGCCAGAGGGAUACGAGACCACAGCGCAGAUCCCAACGCUUUACAAUCUACCGGAGCAAAAAUCUCAAGCACACGAUUUUAAUGAUGCAUUACCGGAAUAUUCUGGGAUUGCCAUGCGAAAGGAAGAUGUGAAACAUUUUUCAGCUCUUUUAAAUGUGGACCCCGAAAGUCUUGUUGACCUGGCAGAUCGUCUCAACUUCAAUGCUCAGGCUUUGGUGUUCAAAAUCAAAAACGGUCAACCAAGUACACGUAAAAAGGCGAUGAGAUCGAUCACUACAGGUGCUGCAAGCUAUGGGCCGUCAACUCUUUUUGGAAUCAUUCUCCCUGUGAUUCUUGAGCCUGGCCUUGACGAUGCGGACCGCCACAUUCUCACUAAGCUCGUUGGAAGAUUACUUGCUCCUCUUAAUGACGCCAUUAGACCAUACACUCAUAAGAUAUUUACAGCAAUUUCCCCGUCGUUGAUUGAUGAAGAUAUAACGCUACGAUUAGAAGCAAGAGAGGUGAUCUCCAAUGUGGCGCGUACCGCGGGCUUUGCCAAUGUUGUAUCGAGUCUUCGCCCAGACUUAGACCAUGAGGAUGAAUACGUCCGUAACUUAACUUCUCGCGUUCUUGCUGUUGUUGCAAUCACUUUUGGGCUAAUUAAAGUCUUGCCCUUCAUCAAAGCUGUCAUUAGGUCGAAAAAAAGUUGGCAAGCGCGUCAUACUGGUAUACGGACUGUUCAUCACAUUUGUAUUCUUUCUGGAGGUGGAAAUGGUGCUCUGAUUGUGCCGCAUUUACUGCAGCUUAUCGAUGUUCUAACCCCUGGGAUCUCAGAUGACUUGCUUCAGGUAAGAACAGCAACUGCUAACACUCUUGCUCAAUUAGCGGAGAACGUCCACCCAUAUGGAAUUGAGGCUUUUGAAAAAAUUUUGGAACCGACUUGGAAUGGGCUUAAGCUUCAUCGAGGUCGCGGAUUAGCAGCAUUUUUAAGGGCCAUUGGCUCUAUGAUUCCCUUGAUGGCACAUAACACACAUUAUGUUGAGUAUUCGAAUUAUUACACGAGAGAGCUUGUGCACGUCAUGACUAGGGAGUUUUCGAGCCCAGACGAGGACAUGAAAAAAUCGAUUUUGCGCAUCCUCAUGUCAAUGCCUUUGACAAAGACGCUCUUUCCGAACUACCGGCGUCAAAUAGUUGCGCCAUUUCUUCAGAGCUUUUGGAACAGAAGAGUUGCCCUGGAUUCGUUGCAGUUGGCACGCUUGGUGGUAGACGCAACCUUUCUGUUAGCUAAAAAGCUAGAUGUAUCAAUAUUUCUUGAAAAGCUAACGCCUUUCGCAAAAGACGCGAAUGAAAACUUACGGAGGAUGGCAUGCGAUGCAUUGAAUAAAAUAUUGACAGGCUGUCCUGAAUCAAUCGUGGAGUUGGAUCAGACUUUCGACUCGAAUUUGGUCGAUGCGCUUCUAUUUGCAUUACAAGAACUGACACAACCAAACCCUGUUUAUCUCCAGGCAUUUGGAACCAUGUGCCAAGUUCUUGGUCGUCGACUCCUGCCCCACGUAACUGUUAUUUUGAGUUCUGUUUUGUAUCGUCUCAAAAGCAGUGAACCCGAAAUUAGACAGCAAUCGGCGGAUCUAAUAACCGUAAUUGCGGAUGCGAUCAAACUUUGCUCCAACGGGGAUGAUACAACAAUGAGAAAAUUAAUUCUCUUUUUGUAUGAACUGUUGGGAGAAGUCUAUCCUGAAGUGCUAGGAUCCAUUAUUGGCGCACUUCAUAGCUGCAUUUCCACCAUGGACCGAGAGUCGCUACUCACAUUGGAGAACCCAUCAGUCAAUGUUCUCCUUCCUACUCUCACGCCAAUCUUGAAGAAUCGACAAGAGAAGGUACAAGAGCAAUGCAUAAAACUUGUUGGACUCAUUGCCAAGGGAAACGCAGAGUCCGUAAAUGCCAAGGAAUGGAUGCGAGUAUGUUUUGACCUCUUAGAUAUGCUCAAAUCACAGAAGAAGAGAAUUAGAAUUGCUGCAAAUGCCACUUUUGGAGACAUUGCUAGAACUAUUGGCCCUCAGGAUGUCUUGGUGAUGCUUCUUAACAAUCUUAAUGUUCAGGAACGUCAACUCCGUGUCUGUACAGCUGUGGCUAUAGGAAUAGUUGCCGACACUUGCUCGCCCUUCACUAUACUCCCGGCUCUUAUGAACGAAUACCGCGUGCCGGACAAAAACGUACAGAAUGGUGUUUUGAAAGCUCUUAGUUUUUUAUUUGAGUAUUUGGAUGGAUCAACUACAAAAGACUAUCUUUUUGCGAUUACACCAUUGUUAGAGGAUGCUUUGACUGACCGUGACCUCGUUCACCGGCAGACUGCCUCUACAGUCGUGCGACACUUGGCAUUGAAUUGCUAUGGUUUAUGUCACGAUGAUUGUCAAGAAGUUUUCAUUCAUUUUUUGAACCUCGUGUUGCCAAACAUAUAUGAGACAUCCCCUCAUGUUAUAUUGAGGAUAAUUGAGUGCCUAGAUGCACUUCGAAUUGUUCUAGGACCAGGUGUCUUUCUCAAUUAUAUAUGGGCAGGUUUGUUCCAAGCAGCUCGAAAGGUAAGAUCCCCUUACUGGAAGGUUUACAAUAGCGCGUACGUCCAGAACUGCGACAGCAUUGUUCCAUACUACCCCCGUUUUGAUAGACUAACCCCGGCGGACCCUGUGUCUUAUAAUGUGGAAGAAUUGGACAUAUGGAUGUGA